GAAUUAGAUUAUUGGGGGUUCUGAGGACUGAGCAGCUGCGACUGAGCGUCAUUGAUUUGCUUGAUUAUUUGGAUGGUAUCUCAAAGGAAAUCUCAUCAGCUGGAGAGUAAUGGCAGGAAUCAUCCAGUUCAAAUUCGAGAAUCCAUACGAGGAAGACAUGGCGAUUCGAGACGACCUGCGACCAGUGGCCUUGAAAACAUUAUAAACGAACUCUUGAAGAAGGACCUGGAUCCCUACUUGGAACCUUUCCUGCGAAGAGUGGUACGACAAGAGGUGGAACGUAAAAUACAAGAAUACCUAUUUCCAAGAGCAGCAACGCCUUGUCAGGAUGGCACAUCUGGCGCCAAACCCUUAGAGCUGCGUUUUAUUAAUGAACCGCCCGAAACAACAUUCGCAUACUCUAAUGUCAUAGCUGAGGAUGAGGAGACACCGCUUAAGAUUGCUCUUUUUGAUGUGAGAUCUCAAUCUGUGGUGAGCAAUGGUCCUUUGUCCUCUACAAAGGUAGAGAUCUUCGCCCUCGACGGUGAUUUCUGUUCCAAAAGGUGUGAGGAUUGCACUGAAGAAGAAUUCAAUGCAAAUAUCUUAUCCCCAAGGGAGGGCAAGGGGUCAUUGCUGAUUGGAGAUCGGAUCAUUACUCUAAAAAUGGGGUUGGUUGUAUCACUAAACUUAAGUUCACUGACAACUCGCGCUGGAUAAGAAGCAGAAAGUUCGGCUUGGGAGCCAAAGUUUUGCAACGAACUUCGUGUGCAGGAAGCAUAAAGGAAGGUGUAAGUAAACCUCUCGUGGUAAAAGAUAAAAGAGGAGAGCUGGACAAGAAACAUCACCCUCCAUAUUUGAAUGAUGAUUUAUGGCGUUUGGAGAAGAUAGCUAAAAAUGGUAAAAUUUACCAGCGACUUUGUGACUACGGAAUAAGGACGGUUGGGGAUCUUGUGCGGUCUUACAACAUUGACCAAUCUUCAUUGCUUGA